CGAUGGUUUUUGAAAGGCUAGUGACCGAGUUGCCCCAAACUGGGACCGAGUUGACCCACGAUCCCAACACAGAUCCCACAUAGAAACUAGUCGUUAUAAAUCGUAACGGCUAUAUUUUUGUUUCAAAGACGCUUCAGAAAUCCCCAAAUCCCCUCAUUUUCAAAUUCCAUUCCUUUCCAAGAAACCCUUCCCAAAUUCCACUCCUCUCUCUCUUCAAAAUCCCCAAUUUCUCACUUCUCUCUCUGCAAAUCAAACCCUAAAGCUUCAAUCUUUAAUGGCUCCGACGCCUUCUUCCUCCAAAUCCAAUCACACCCACCACCAAACCCUAACCAAAACCCCACAAUCCCGCCACCGCCUCCAGUUCUUGAAACCCCACCCUUCCCCCAACCCCACCUCAGCCCUAAGAGAAUCUCCGGCCGAGCACCCCGUCGAAGUCCUCGCCCGGAUCCGAGACUACCCAGAAUCCAAAGACCCACAACCACCCGCCCAGGUCCUCCAAAUCAACCCACAAAAACAGAGCAUUCGGGUCCGGGCCGAUUUCGGGUACCGGGAUUUCACCCUAGAUGGGGUUUCGGAGUCCGAAAGCGACGAUCUUGGAGCCUUCUACAGCAAAUUCGUGCAGUCGAGGAUUGAUAGUGUGAAGAUGGGGGAGAAAUGUACUAUUAUGAUGUAUGGGCCAACUGGGUCUGGGAAGAGUCACACCAUGUUUGGGUGCUGCAAGCAACCAGGGAUUGUGUAUAGGUCGUUGAAGGAUAUUUUGGGUGAUGGGGAAGAUUGUGUGGGGACGUUUGUGCAGGUCACGGUUUUGGAGAUUUAUAAUGAGGAGAUUUAUGAUCUGUUGUCUAGUAAUGGUGGUGGUGGGUUUGGGUUUGGAUGGCCUAGAGGAAAUGGCUCCAAUUCUAAGGUUAGACUUGAAGUAAUGGGAAAGAAGGCAAAGAAUGCAACCUACAUUUCUGGAAAUGAAGCUGGAAAAAUUUCGAAAGAGAUUCAGAAAGUGGAGAAGCGAAGGAUUGUUAAGAGUACCCUUUGCAAUGAAAGAAGUUCUCGGAGCCAUUGCAUGAUAAUUCUUGAUGUCCCAACAGUGGGUGGGCGCUUGAUGCUUGUUGACAUGGCUGGUUCUGAAAAUAUUGAGCAAGCUGGACAAAUUGGGUUUGAGGCAAAAAUGCAGACUGGAAAGAUCAACCAAGGAAACAUAGCACUAAAAAGAGUGGUUGAAUCCAUUGCAAAUGGUGAUUCACAUGUGCCCUUCAGAGACAGCAAGCUUACCAUGCUUCUACAGGACUCUUUUGAGGAUGACAAGACAAAAAUUUUAAUGGUUCUGUGUGCAAGCCCAGAUCCCAAGGAGAUACACAAGACAAUCUCCACCCUUGAAUAUGGCGCAAAAGCAAAAUGUAUAGUCCGUGGUCCUCAUACGCCAAUUAAGGAUAAAGCUGGGACUGAAGAUUCAUCUGCAGUCAUUUUAGGAUCGAGGAUUGCUGCCAUGGAUGAAUUUAUCCUGAAACUACAAAAGGAGAACAAGCUGAAAGAAAAGGAGCGAAGUGAAGCUCAUAAGCAGCUACUGAAGAAAGAAGAAGAGGUUGCUGCAUUGAGAGCUAAACUUCAGUCAAUGGAAGGGAAGGGAUCUGGAGCAAAAGAGGAAGAAAUCAACUUGAAGGUGAAUGAAGUAGCCCAGACUCUGAAACAGGAGUUGGAAAAGAAGUUGGAGGAGUGCCAGAGAAUGGCCAAUGAGUUUGUUGAAUUGGAGAGGAGGAGAAUGGAAGAAAGGAUAUUGCAACAGCAACAGGAAGUUGAAAUGUUGAGGAAGCGGUUGGAGGAAAUUGAGUUUGAGCUAUGCCGCUCAAGUGAUGGAAAUGGCGUGGAGAGUGGGAGAAAGGACAAUGAUGGAAUCCAGUUUGCCAAAAGGUUGAUGGGGAUCUAUUCCAGUGAUGGUGCCGGGAUGAUGAAGUCAAUGGACAUGGUGAAGUCCAUGGAUUUGGACAUGGAUGAUCAAGAACCUUUUGCUGGUGUGGUGAAAUAUGUAGGUGUGAACUGCGGGGUAACUGGGGCUUAUCAAUCUGACAGCAAUAGUGUCCAAGGAUUUGUGAAUCAGCCUCAAUUAAAUGCCAUUGCUACAGAGAAUAAUGAUUCCUUUGCAGCAAAAUAUGCUGACAGGGUAUGCCUCAGCACUGUUUUUGAGGAAGAAGAAAUGGAAGAGGAAGAACGUAAGGAGAAUGUGGAUGUUGAAGAAGUGGAGAAAGAAGUUAUAGAGGAAAAGAGAGUGUGUAUGGUUGAUAGGUCUAACCUCAAAAGUAAUUAUAGUCUGGGCUCCUUGGUAUCUUUACCUCAUGAUUAUCAGCACACACCAACUUUGAAUCAGCCAAGCAGAAAUGUAGGGGAAGAAGAUGGCAAGGGAGGACCAGACGAUAGGCUUGUUAGAAUCCGGAACAUAUUUACACUCUGUGGAAACUACAGAGAGCUCUCUCAACACAUCACAAGUCCAGCACCUACUCUGAAGCCACUUGCAUCAUUCGAAUCAGAAAAUGAAAAGAAACUGACAGAACUAGAUGUACACAAAAACAAUGAGACGCCAUUGGGUUCCAAGGAGAACUACAACCAGUCAAAUGAUGGCACUGAUGCAGAUUGUGAAGUGUAUGUGAAAUGGGAGUCCUCUAAAGAAAAUCCAGGGAAGUUCAUUACAACUCUUAGGGUUGUAAAAGAUGCAAGCCUUGCUGACCUGCGAAAGCUUAUUGAAAUCUAUCUUGGUGCAGAUAAUCAAGCUUUCAACUUUCUCGUGCUUGGGGAUCCCACUGGAGCUGCAGUACCAAGGGAGAAGGAAGCAACAAUACAGACGACUAAGCUUCCCCUUUGCAAUGGUGAAACCAAUGGAUACUUGGCUUGCUUGAGACCAUUGAAGGGAACACAGGGAAUGCAAUGUAGCCCAACUCAGCAGCUCCCGUUGACUCCUCUCCCCUUGAGCUCACUGGAGAACAGACUACCAGUCACCCCAACAACUUGCUUAACACCAAAAGUAGCACCAAACUUAGGUUCUACUCCUUUUAUUACAGUCAGAAGAUGCUAGGGGUAGCUCUGAUUGUAGUGAUGGUUGUAAACUUGUAAGAAGUGCACUCUUUUUGUGACUACUUUUGUACUGAAAACACAAUAUAUAAGUAUGUGUUUCUUUUGGUUGUGGUUCAUGUUUGUACCUCAAUUAAAUUCUUCUUUGUAGAUUUUAUUCAUUGGGAUUGUAGCAGUUGUAUGUAUCAUUCUCUUAAUGCCUUACA